AUUUUAUUAUUUCUUUGUAAAAGCGUACAUCAAUAAGCUUGUUUUAGAAUUGUUAAAAUUGGAACUUCCUCAAAAUGAUGGCUGCUAAAGUAUUAUCAGAAACAGAGGAGCAAAAUAGAAUUAGAUUUCAAAUCGAACUAGAAUUCGUACAGUGCUUGGCCAAUCCUAAUUAUAUACAUUUUUUAGCACAGAGAGGUUACCUUAAGGAGCAAACUUUUGUAAAUUACAUAAGAUAUCUUCAGUAUUGGCGUGAACCAGAGUAUGCUAGAUAUCUUAAAUAUCCUAUGUGUCUGCAUUUUCUGGAACUGCUACAACAUGAGGCAUUUCGAAGGGAAUGUGUUUCAGCACAGGUGUGCAAAUUCAUGGAUGACCAAGCUAUAUUGUUAUGGCAACACUACACUAGACGACGCACGCGCACCCUGCAGCCGCCGGACGCGCCUCAGCCCCCCGCGCCGCCCGCGCCCCCAACACAGGGACCUCCCAGGCAACAGUCGUAGUUUUAAUACUUCAUUUAGUUUGAAAACAAUGUAUACUUCUGGGAUGUAAACACCUAUCGGCCCACCUGGCAUUUUAAGUUUUGGCUGUCCCUAGCAAAAAAUAAAAUUACAUUGAGCAAAAAGUUUUUACAUAGUUUUGAAGGUAAUACUAACCAUCUUUCGUGUGUGUUUUAAAUAUCUAUAUAUAUUAUUCCUC